CCAAAUCCAAAAGCAUAAACGCAGAAGGGAAAAAAAACUGACACCCAUCACGUGCUCUCUCUCACAAACGUCUCUUUAAUUUAUCUUAAUCCACGCGCCUUUUACUCUCUCCCUCUACCUGUCUCUCACUGUCUCCUUCGGUUCUUCCUGAUCACCUCUUCCUUGUUUGUGUUUGUAUAUGCCUUCUGUUGUCUUUCGCUCGUAGCUCUUGAUUCUUACGGCUCUUGCAGAUCUGCAUCUGCGGGGCUGAGAAAAUGGGGUUCAUUUCUAGAAAGAUCUUCCCAGCUUGUGGGAACAUGUGUGUUUGCUGUCCUGCAUUGAGGUCAAGAUCUCGACAACCGGUGAAGCGAUACAAAAAAUUGCUGGCGGAUAUUUUUCCUAAGUCUCCUGAUGGAUCUCCAAGUGAAAGGAAAAUUGUUAAGUUAUGUGAAUAUGCUGCAAAAAACCCUCUUCGAAUCCCGAAGAUUGCAAAACAUCUUGAAGAUCGGUGCUAUAAGGAACUUCAAUCUCAGCACAUCAGAUUCAUCAAUAUUGUCGUCGAGGUUUAUGAAAAGUUGCUUUGCAUAUGUAAGGAGCAGAUGGCCUAUUUUGCCGUCAGUCUUCUCAAUAUGACUAGUGAGCUGUUGGAGAACUCUAAGCAGGACUCCAUGCGCAUACUUGGGUGCCAAACCUUAACGAAGUUCAUCUAUAGUCAGGCAGAUGGAACUUAUGCACACAGCAUUGAAAAUUAUGUUAUUAAAGUUUGCAAGCUGGCUCGUAAGAAUGGGGAGGAACAUCAAAAACGUUGCUUGAGGGCAUCAAGCUUGCAAUGCCUUUCAGCCAUGGUAUGGUACAUGGCAGAGUUCUCGUACAUUUUUGCUGCGUUUGAUGAGAUGGUACAUGUCAUUUUAGAUAACUAUGAACCCGAAACUCCUAGAGAAGGUGCCAUGGAGAGAGGAGAUGUACAUCAUAACUGGUUGAAUGAAGUAGUCAGAUGUGAAGGUAGAGGUUCAGUGAUAGGUGAGACCAACCCAAGCUGCCUCAUUAUCAGGCCGCGCUCAGAAAAGAAGGAUCCUAAACUCUUGACAAGGGAAGAAAUUGAGACACCCAGAAUAUGGGCUCAGAUUUGCAUUCAGAGCAUGGUUGACCUGGCCAAAGAGAGUACAACCAUGCGCCUCAUAUUGGAUCCGGUGUUUGUGUAUUUUGACUCUGGAAGACAUUGGGUUCCUCGGCAAGGGUUGGCCAUGAUGGUUUUGUCUGACAUGUGCUACUUGAUGGAAAAUUCAGGGAGUCAACAGUUGAUUUUAGCUGCUCUGAUACGCCAUCUGGACCACAAAAAUGUUGCAAGUGAUCUCCAACUUAAAUCCGACAUUAUACAAGUUGCUGCUAUUUUGACUAAGCAAGUUAGAACAGGUGGUUUGCUGAAAGAUGGUGGAUUUGUCAGUGACCUAUGCUGGCAUUUGAGGAAAAGUCUUCAGGCUACAGUUGAAUCUGUAGGAGAGCAAGAGGAAAACUUGAAUCUCUCGCUCCAAAACUCCAUUGAACUUUGUCUCCAUGAAAUUGCAAUAGGAAUUGGUGAUGCGGUGCCGUUGUUUGACGUGAUGGCAAGAACACUUGAAAAUCUACCAUCUUCGGGAGUUGUUGCCCGUGCAACAAUUGGAUCAUUGAUGAUUCUUGCUCAUAUAAUCUCAUUGUUAUGGGACUCGUCUCAUUCGCAGCAGGCGUUUCCAGAAGCACUUCUCAUCCAACUUUUGAAGGCAAUGUUACAUCCAGAUGUUGAGACACGUAUUGGAGCACACGGGAUUUUCUCAGUGCUUCUUAUUCCGAGUUCUAAUCGUUUUCGUCCUGAACAUGCUUCUCUUGAUCCUGGUUAUCUUAUUGAAACAAGAAGACGGCGUUCCAACACAGCAUCCACAUUUGCUUCAAUUACAGCUCUACUUGAAAAACUCCGGAAAGAAAAGGAUGGAGCCAUAGUUGAAAAUCCUAGAGACGAUGCCGUUGAUAAUAAAGAAAGGGACAUUCUAGAGGAAGACUGGAAGCAGGGGUGUGCCCACAAGAAAGAUUCCCCAAAUCUUUACAAAAUAAGUUCUAUUAUUGAUAAGACCACUGGAUCAACUGGCAUGACUGAGGCAGAACCAUUUAUCACAAAGUUAAGUGAGGAUGAUUUAGAACAGUUGCUGUCUGGCUUUUGGAUACAAGCUAAUCUCCCAGAUAAUCUGCCCUCAAAUUUUGAAGCCAUAGCUCAUUCUUUUGUAUUAACAUGUGUCUCCUCAAGGUUGACGAACCCAAAUGCCAACCUUGUGGUACGCUUCUUUCAACUUCCUCUCUCACUCAUGAAUAUGUCGAUGGACACUACCAAUGAAACAUUGUCUCCAGCAUGCCGGCGAUCGAUCCUUGUGCUGUCAACUGCCAUGCUGAUGUUUACAGCAAAGAUAUACCACAUGAAUGAUUUGCUCGAGACAUUACUUCCAUUGGAUGUGGAUCCGUAUUUGGGCAUUAGUGAUGACUUUCAGCUUUAUAUAAAGUCUCAGGCAGAUGUCAAUGUUUAUGGGUCUGCUACUGAUAUUCUGUUAGCCAAUUCUGUCCUCUCUGAUUUACGGAGCAAAAUUUAUGAGGAAACUGCCAAGGUCGUAAAGGUCUUAGUCCAGAACCUUUCUAUCAUUGCUGGGCUGGAGGCAGAUGAUCUAGCUAGGCAACUGGCGGAGCCAUUCACGCCUGAUGAUACCUUCAUCUUUUCUCAAGGGUCAAUACUGGAUUUGGAUAUUAUUCAGAUGGUUUCCCAUUCCAAGGAAUCACUUUCCUUUGAUAAGGAUAUCCCAAAUGACUCAUUAGUCGAGGAUGAUUCUAUAAGCGAAGAAUCUGUUGCAGAUGUAUUGCGCUUCAUACCGAAGACUCCAUCUCCUUCUGGUUCCCACAUCAUCAGCAUUGGGCAGCUUAUGGAAUCGGCACUUGCCGUGGCUGGUCGUGUGGCUGCAACAUCCGUCUCUACAUCACCCCUUUCUUAUGACACAAUGGCUAGCCAGUGUGAAACGCUUGGCACUGGCUCAAGGAAGAAACUUUCCAACUGGUUGGCCCAUGAAAAUCCUUAUGGUCGAGUGGCUGACACAGUUUCUCCGGCAUUUCCUGAUGGUCACUCAGGCAGAAAGGUGAGGGUUGAUGCUGGGGACCUUAAUGGAACUAUCAAGCCACAGGAAUCAAGUUUGGCUAUUAGACUUCCUCCUGCAAGUCCUUUCGACAACUUCCUCAAAGCAGCUGGGUGUCAAAAGGAAGAUAAGACCAUAUUUUCUCACUAAUUUCUCUUUGUAAAGUGGUAGGGUAUGGGUAGAAUCUGUAGGGUCACCCUUUGAUUUAAACUUGGGUAAAGAUUUGUGGUAUUCCAUGCCCAAUUUGAUUAAUCUGUGUAUGUAAACUCUAGUUUUGGAGUCAGCAUGAUUGCUGUGAAGAUUUGAAUCUAAAAUCUGGCAUGAUUUAGUGGAGAAACAGAUGAGCAAAGGGAGUGCUCCAAUUUAGUGUUGGAAGUUGAAAAUCCGGUGACCCAACGGAAAGCCUGAAAUGAUAUUUACUGCUAUUGAGGCAUUCUACUCUUAA